AUGGCCCUGAGGAUGUCCCGUGGGCCGCAGGCUGAGAACCACUGCUGGGCUCUCCCCUGUGCCGUCGGAGCCUUACGUGGUUCCUGUUCGUUUGUCAGAGCAGAUGUGCACAGCACGGUGCAGACGGAGGGAAAAACCAGUCCCUACCCCAAGGGCCUUAUCGUCUACAAGACAAACACCCUGGGGCGCAGAGGAUGGAAGUUGCCGGGACGUGGGGUUCUUCGCUGGGAGGGUGACGGCAUGGCGCUGGGGGCCCCUGCUAUGGCAGUCUCUUGCCAGGCAGACACGGAGCUCUGGGACCUGGAUGAGGAGCAACUCCGGGAGAUUCUGGAGAGCCAUCGCUACAGGAUUGUGCACAGCACCUGCCCGAACCGGCUCACCCCCUACCUGCGCCAGGCCAAGGUCCUAGACCAGCUGGACGAGGAAGAGGUUCUGCAUGGCCCCCAGUUCACCAACAGCGCCUUGAGAGUGGGUCACAUGUUGGAUCUUCUGAAAACCCGGGGGAAGAACGGAGCCCUGGCCUUCCUGGAAAGCUUGAAACUUCACAACCCCGACACCUACACGCUGAUAACUGGCCUGGAGCCCUCCAUGGACCUCAACAACUUCAGUGCUGCAGCAGCUCAUCCGCCUGUGGCUGCAGGUUGCCGGGCACGCGCAGGGACCUCUCCCUCUCACAGUGGGACUCCACCCUGGCUCACUGCGGCUCCUGCUUCAUCAGAUACAGCUGCCAGAGGACAAAGAGAGCACAGGUCCCUCGCGUUACACUCAGCUGCGUCAUGCCAGUUACACUACGCCCAGCGUUUACUCGACGAGAUGGGUCUCUUUUGCUCUAGAACAGAACCCUCCCCCGACCAGGACUUUGGAACGGCCAUUCACGCUGCCUGGCUCCUUCCCUUGCAGCUGUGCUCAGAUUUCGGCUUGAGGACGAGCCACGCUGCCAGAGAGCUGCCAGAGAGCUUCUGGUCAUGCAGCCCUCUCCCACCCUGUAAGCUCUCCCUGCAAAAGAGAGCCACGCAGGAGUGCCUAGAGAGCUCCCUCUCCAGGAGCAGCUCCCAGGAGUUCCUGGAGGUGGAUUUCAGUCUCAUUGCAGGGGAGAAGGCGAAGUCGCCCGACUUGGAGUAUGAGAUGGUGGAGAAGGACGAGGGCAAUGCCUGGCUGCUUGACUUCGACCAAUCUGCCUCUGAGAGGUACGUCACACUGCCCACGGGUUUCUGUCCCCCAUUAGGGAGAGCACUCUGCCCUAUGAGAGCCUGGAAUAAAGUAGACACGCCCAUUCGCCGGCGGCCCGCACGGCGCAUCCUGAGCCGCGUCACCACCAUUGGCUUCCACGGCAAUGCCUUGCGGGAGCAGAUCAGCAUCAUCGGGGGCAACCAGACGGGCAUCUUCACCAAGGUCACUCCCGGCUCAGCUGCCGACGAGAUGUCUCUGUCCCCCGGCAAUCAGAUCAUGGUGGUGGAUUAUGAAGUCAUAGACCCAGCAUUCAAGGCCAUCCUGGAAGAUGCAACCCUGGAGGAGGCGCUUUGGGUCCUGAGGGUGAAUGGCUUCUGCUGCCUGUCUGUCAGAAUGAACAUGGAGGGGUACAAGAAGCUGGCGAGUGACCUGCAGAACAAGGUGGUGACCUCAGGUGCCUCGUUCUAUAUCCGGGCCAACCUGGCCACGGAAAGGAAGGCAGCGGGGGAGCUGCUGGUGCAGUGCAAUGACACCCUCCACGUCACGGGCACCGUGUUCCGGGGCGAGAGCCAGGGGAGUGCCUGCCGGGUGAACCCCUACGCCAUGAAGGACCUGGAUGCGGGCAUCGUCCCCAGCUACUACCAGUGAGCAGCCUGCGCAGCUCAGCAGCUGCUCAUCGGCCUUAUCCAGGACAUGGCCCAGCAGACCACGUCUGCUCGGAAGUCUUCAGGGGGGCAGCCAAAGCUGGUGCGGAUCAUCAGCACAGAGAGCAAGAUCAACCCUCUGUGGUCAUCCAUCAACUGUAACGUCUACGAUCCCAACAAGGCGGACGCCUGCCCCCGGAUCUGCCUGCAGGCAGGCUGCUUCACGCUGAUGCCGUACACGCUGGUGAGACCCCACAAGCUGGCCCAUCUGUGCCCGCUUCUCUUUGUGCUCACGCUGCUGGGGAAGAUCCUGAGCGACAAGCUGUGCCUCACCAAGGGCUUUGAAAAAUGCCCGUCAGGACGCCUGCGUGAGGCUGAGUGCAUGGCCCAGAACGGAAGCUUGGUCUGGGGAAAGGGGGAGCUGAACAGCCGCUGCUGUGUCACCUGCCAGGCGCUUCAGCAGCUGCUGGCGAAGGACGUGCAAAGCCUGCUGGACGUGGGGCUGGAGUGCGUGCAAGCCCUGCACGCUGCGGGGAUCUAUCCCAUCCUCCUCCUCGUCUCCAUCAGCGAGAAGAACGCCAAGAAGCUAAGUACGAAGGCACUUUGCCUUGGAGUGACAGAGGAGCAGCUUCUGGACGGUGUGCGGAGGGAGGAGGCCCCGCUGGAGGAAGUGCCCUGCCUGUACGGCACCAUCGCCCCCGCCACCAGGCGCGACCUGCGUGCGCCGGUCAGCGCCGUGCGAGCAGCCGUCGCCCACGAGCAGAAGAAGAUUGUGUGGAUAGAACAGAUCUUCACGGAUCUCCCUGGACACAGGGUGGGGCGGAGGGGAACAGUCACCCUGGCAACUCUGCAAAUGUCACCUAUUUAAACCAAGAGUGUUUGGUUUGGGGUGUGGGGAGGGGGAGGUUUGAAAGACCCUCUUACCUAAAGGGCUAAUAGACUUUGCAGUGCUGGGUGAGCCUCCUGCCUGCCCAGCUGGCCUCUGCCCCGUUGGCAGA